AUGAAUGAAAAUAAGGAUCUUGUUACUUCACUUCUGCCUAUUAAAUUGUGUGAAUCUAAUGGGCCCUCAGCAUCUAAUAAUAUCUCUUAUACAAUUGACUUUCGGCAUUUAUCUCAUUUUUGUGUUUCUAAUAUAUUUACGCCUAUCCUACAAAAAUCUCUUAAUUGUGAUGACGAGUUCUUUAAUAUUAUGGAGGAAUUUAUUUCAACUAAAAUACAUGAAUUACAACUUUUAGAAGAAAAUAAAGUUGAUAAUAAAGUUGAAUCUCAACCAGCCAUUGUUAAUCUAUUUAUGACAAAAUACUGUGGGCGGCCGUCUAAACGAUUCAAGAGUACAUUAGAGCAGACUGCAAAUUCUUAA